AUGCCAACAACCCAAUCGCUUCCUCAGCGUUCGGGUUCCGGCUCGGCUCCCCAUCAGAAGAUGGCUGUUCAGGCUGGACAAAGCACUACUAGUAGUGGAGGGAAAAGCGAUUUGCCGUCGUCAUCAUCGACCUACUCUCAGGCAAAUCCCUCGACAAACAAUAACACCAAUCAACAAAGAGGACAUAGUCCGACGAUAAAUAAUUUGCAACAAAAUAAGAAUAACAACGCCAAUGGGAGAUCAAAGUUUUCGUCGAAUCAUCUUCCAACCGUAUCAUCAUCAAACAACAGACCCACUCGUUGGAAUAACACAACAACAGAAUUUGCUCAAACUCCCAAGUUAUUGAUCAAUCCUGCAUCAAGAUCAGCAUCAUCAGUCAAUGAAAAAAACAAAACCAAAUUACAACUGGCUUUCAUCAAACAAAUCGAAGAGCAAUAUCUUCAAUUCUUAUCGGAUAACAAGAAAUUUGCGAACAUUGCCGAAAGUAUUGAAGUAGAUCAAACAUCCGAUACCAUGCAAGAUUUUUCAAGCGUUAGAAAACGUUGUAUUGAACAUUACCAAAAUAUAGCACUCCAAGAUACAGAGUACGAUAAAACCUACGACAUUAUUUCUCAUAUUUGGAAGGUAUAUUACUACAAGGUCAUCGAUUUGUUCAGAAGAAAUACAAUCUUGAAAGAACAGAAGGAUCUUUAUCUUAAAUUCCUUAAUGAUAGUAUUGAAGAAUACAAAGAAUUUUACAAGAAAAUUAUCGAAAUAUUUCAAAAGGAAAAGGUGCUUAUUCAUCGUGGGGACUUAUUUCGCUAUAAAAUUCUCUUGAACAACAAAAACAUGGAUUUUUCAAAAAGUGAAAAGUAUUACAAUAAGGCCUUACAACUUUCAAGAGAUUAUGGAAAUGCUUGGAAUCAAUUAGCAGUAAUUUCUACAUAUAAGAAUGACAUUUUCCUUGCAAUUUAUAGAUAUUACAGAAGUUUAGGUUGUAUCCAUAGACCAUUCAAGUCUGCAAGGGAAAAUGUUAUUUUGUUGUUCAAGAACAAUGUUCCAAAAAUGCAAGGACGGAGUAGUUUUCACUUUUUAACGUUGCAUGGCAAGUUAUUUCAACAAAUCACUCCAAUCGAGGAGUUAGAAGAUGAUAAUGCGCCUUCCAUCAUUAAUGACUGUUUCAAUGAGAUUACUGGCAACGACAAAAAUUAUUUAUUCAAGGCUACAAUUAUGAAUCUAUUUGUUGAUCAACAGAGCAACUCUUACUUCUACUCCAAGAUAUUCAACGAGAUGUUCUUUGCUCGAUUGGUUGAUAUUUAUUGCGACAACCAAAAAAUUACAUCCAAUGAGGAUGUUUAUGCAUAUCUUGCUCUCUACAUUGAGUACUUCCUUCAAAACCGAGCCAAGUAUUUGCAUGAAAACGAAAACUUUUGUCAAGUCCUCUGCCAUUUAUUUUCUAGGAUAAUCAAUGACCAGGAAAUUUCAAAGCAAACAGAGGAGAACAAUUUCUAUACAGAUGUGUUGGGAUAUAGCCCAUUGAAUGGUAAUCUUGGAACCUUUACAACUAGAAAUGAAAAUUCUGCUCUCAAACAAUCCCUUGCUCAAUUAUUCGACAAACAAAAGAAUGAGCUUGUGAGUGAUGCUCUCAUUCCAUUAUUUUAUCAUGAGAAGAGCAAAACUUUCUCAAUCAAUCAAAUUGAAGACGAUGAAAGUAUAAUGUUAAAUGGCGACGUUUUGGAUGAAUUAAAUGGUGGUGAUGAGUUGAUCCUCAAUGAUGACGACAUGACAGACAUCUCCCACCAAAAGGAUCGACCUGUCCACAAUGUGACUCCACCACCUUCAACUAAACAAAUUUCAACAACUGCCACGAAUAACAUUUGGCAAUCUGACACUGCUCUUCCCGAGACCAAAAACGAAAGUCCAUCAUCGUUGACAAAGCUUAAUGUGACAAGUCCAUUAUUGCACAGUAAUUUUAUAGAAUCUCCAUUCAGAACCAAUACAUAUGAUGACAAUGACCAAUUGUUCAAUCAAAGAAUAUCCACUCCCACCAACAAUGGAAUGAGCUCUCCUCUCAUUGAGAAAUCUACAUUGAUGAGCAAAAUUUUGAGCUCACCACCCAAGAGCGCUACAACCACAACACCUAACACUGCACAGAGAGCAUCUACACCCUCCGUCUUUGACUCUAUCUUUGGCUCAGCAGCAGUCACUACGAGCAAUGAUAUGUGGAAUAAGCAACCUGUGAGUAAUGGCCCUAUUGGUUCGCAAGCAAAUUGGGGAGUUCCUUCGUUCCUGGGUGGCUAUAAUGUUGGUGCUCCGAACAACAACGUGAUUUAUAAUCCAUUUGGAUUCAACUAUCCGUCCAUGUAUGGUGGUGGAGUGGCAUAUCCUUUUCCUCAACAACUGCAACAGCAAUCACCACCACUACAAGCACCUUCACAACAAUAUCAGGCAGGUGUUUCGAGUGUGAAUCAAGCAAACAGUGGAGGAGUCAUUGCCUUUCCAUUUAGAAACAGUAGCGGAACCUCAUCAUCUUCAUCAUCAUCGACUUCGAGUACCUUUAAUCUGUUUGAUUAG